UCAUGGCAGAGAGUGCCGUGGGUUUUCUUCUCCAAAGGCUUGCACCGAUUUUUCAGAAUGAGAUGAAAUUGUUCCCAGGGGUUCAAGCAGAAGUAAUAUAUCUUAAAGAACGGCUGGAGUCAUUAAGAGCUUUCUUAAGGGUUGCAGAUGCAUUAGAGGAGAGCGAUGAGGAACUCAAAGUUUGGGUUAAGCAACUCAGAGAUGUUGUUUACGAGACUGAAGAUCUUCUUGAUGAAUUGGAACUUGCCCAGGCACAUAACCAGACAAACAGAUUUUGCAUCUCUCUCCACAUCAGGAACAUGAAAGCACGUUAUCGGAUUGCUCAUGAGUUAAAAGGCAUCAACUCACGCGUGAAAACUAUUUUUUGAAUUCAUAAGAGAUUCCUCAGUAAACGUGG